UGUUGUUUGUUGUCAAUUGUCAACAGUUGUCAAUGAAGUAAAUUAAAAGUAUGUUGUGAAUUUCUAAUUUCUAUGCAUUUUCUAGGCAAAUAAAAAUAUGAAAAGGUUCUCACUUAAGUUCAUGAUUUUUAUGUUAUUGAGUACAUUCACUGUUUUAUAUUUAUAUUCUAAAGUUAGCAAUAACAGUAAAUAUGCUGUUAACGAGCGGCCUGUGCCUUCCAAGGCUUCCAUUAUCAAAGAACCUACACAGAUAGAGAGGGUUGUAUUAUCCUUCGUAGUAUGUGACUCGAGAUUCAACGAAUCCUUGAACGUGGUUAAGUCUGUGUUACUGUUUUCAAGAGUUCACAUACACUUCGUAAUAUUCGCUGAUGACAAUUUAAGACCAAAGUUCAAUGAAACAUUAACAAAAUGGAAGCAAAUAACAAAUAACCAGCUGAGCUUUGAGCUUCAUAGAGUAAGCUUUCCACAAGAACAUGAGCAAGAUUGGAUGAACCUGUUUAGCAAAUGUGCAGCUCAACGAUUAUUUAUUCCUGAACUAAUACCUCACAUAGAUGCUAUGAUAUAUGUGGACACAGACACCCUGUUCCUGGGGCCUGUGGAGGAGCUGUGGCACUACUUCACACAGUUCAAUUCCUCACAGAUGUCUGCAAUGGCACUGGAAGACGACAACCCUAAUGUGUCUUGGUAUCCGAGAUUUGCUAAACAUCCAUUUUAUGGCAAAUUCGGCCUCAACUCAGGUGUGAUGUUAAUGAACUUGACGAGAAUGCGAACAUUUGGCUGGGUGGAAUAUGUCACGCCUAUUAUGUUGAAAUGGAAGCUCUAUAUACCUUGGGGUGAUCAGGACAUAAUAAAUAUAAUAUUUCAUUACCACGAGCGUGCAGUGCACGUGUUGUCGUGCCGGUACAACUACCGCUCGGACCAGUGCAUGUACGGCGACGCCUGCGCCGACGCUACUGACCGCGGCAUCUUCCUGCUGCACGGCAGUCGGAGAGCAUUCCAUAAUAACAAGCAACCAGCUUUUCAGGCAAUAUAUCGUGCAAUAGACGAAUACGAAAUCGGGACGGAUCCCUCGAAGUAUGUACUUACAAACAUGGACAGGUAUUUCACCGAGGCGCCCCCCUCCAACUGCGGCAACUUGAAGGAAGCUUUCCUUAAAGUUCCAACACAGACAUUUAGCAAUCUAUACCCACCGCCCGACAGAUAGCGCCGUAUCGUUGGAUGUGUAUCAAUGUAACAUAUCAGGGUUUUAUUUCAUAUUACUUAUUUAUAUACCAUGUUUUAUGCAACUAACAUUUCAUUAUUAAGAGAACAAGUUAUAUUUUUUAUUAGAAACAAUUAUUUGUAUCGAAUUAUGAACAUGACACGCCUAUUUUGUAAUAGAAUGGAAGUUUAUUGUUUUGACAUAUUUUAAAUGUAUUUAAUACCAAUAGUAUUAUUAGGUACUUGAGGGAUUCUUUAUAAAUUAGUGAAAAGUAUGUAGUUAUUAUAUUUUAUAUGUUCAAUUCUGCUUACGUGUAUUAUCUACUGGGAAUAGAUUUUUGCUACAUGGACAAACAUUCUAUCAUUAGUAGAAAAAUCUACCGGCCAUAGUAAAUAUAGGCCAUUAAAAUGUCAUAUCUAGCAUUACAUUAGAAUGUGGUAAAUAAUGGUAAUACUCAACCAACUCAACCCCAGUUAUUGUGUGACAGAUAGUACGAAAUCCAGAUAUAUGUAAUAUGAUAUGUAGAAUUAGAAACAUAAUACGUGUGUAUAGGGAUCUGGGCUCAUCAAUAUGAGCAUGUGUGACAGGCGUGAUAAGGCUUGGAACAACAAAUCAUUGACCGCACAAAGUAGCUGAUAAGAUUAGGAGAUGUGUCACAAUAGAAAUGAUAAAUAAUAUUUAUUUAUAUAAUUUUUAUUUAUGAAGUAUUAAGAUAGCUCUCUACGACAGGUAUCUCACUGUAGUUGUAUAGUUUCGAUAACUUAAUGCUCUACAAUCAUGUGUGUAAUUAUGUAAACCACAGUCAUGCACUACAUACUUUUGUAAAAAAUGUUUUGCAGAAACAAAGAACAAAUAUUAAUUGUCUAUUAAAAAACUCAGUUGAACAAUGUAUGUAUUAGGAAAUUAAUAAAGUUGUUUUUAUCCUCAUUGUAGAUCAAAUUGAGAUUAUAGAUUGCUCUAAGCAAAUAUAUUACCGUUUAAGAUGAAACUUGAUUGCUUGUAUUAAUGUAAUUACAUAUGAUUACUACCAAUAAAUGUCAACAUUAAAUAUGUAUACAUACUAUGUAGCAGGCAAACAAUGCUUAGUUGUGCUCGACAUAGUAAUUAAUAUGAACCGGUUUUCGAUUCACAUAGCGUUAUAACCGAGGCAUUGUCAACGUUUGCCAGUACUGACUUGCUAAUUGAAAUAAAAGGUAUGCAGGUACAUACUAACUUGAAUCCUUUUAACACAGUACAUGGCCAAUAUUAUAAAGAAGAAUAUAUUUAUUGUUUGCAUUGCAAUAGGCUCCGAAAUUGUAGAAUCGACUCUAAAAGUUCUUCCACCAAUGGCAAGCUUACUAUUCAGGGGGUAACAUAGAUUACUGUUUAUCCCGAUCCCAAUUUUCCUAGGAUCGAGCUCAAGACAAAAGAUAUUGUUAAAAAGUUCUAACUUCUAUUGUAAUAAAGUUUUAAUUCGUGUGCAGUUAAUGGAACAAAGGAAUAUUAUAGUUUUUUAUAUUAUUUAUAAUUAUAAUAGGUAUAACUAUGAUAGAUAUCUCGCGUCAAGCUAAAUUAACUUGUUAUCAAGGUCACGACUGAGGUCGGCUCCGAUCUGCUUUGUAUUUGAUAAUUUGUGUCGAUAUUUUCUAUGGACGUCUUCUUAUCUGAACUUGGACCAAGACAAUGGUUUAUUAAUAUGUACACUUGAUACGCUUUCAUAUUAUCAGCUAUUUGUUUUUGAUAAAAGAGGUUGAGCACGUCAAUAAAAUAGGACGAAACUAGUUCCUUAUGGUCUUUUUUAAGGGGGAAGAUCAUUCAAUGAUUUCUUUCGCGUUGGGCGAGGCGAGAGUUCCUUAAGGCCUAAGAUUACACUCCUGUGUUGUGGAUGUUAAAUAAAGCACAUCCGGGAAUUGAGCCCGCGACAUGGGAGCGGUGCAUUCUCUUAACGUAGUAUGUUUGAACAACAUUAGAGAAAAACGAAAACAAUGGUCAGUAAGAGUAUAACAGGUUCCUGGAUCUAGCUGACCUAAGACAAGUGUGCUCAAGGUAAACUUGUCAUUGAAAGGGUCAUCCAUAACACAAGUGUCGACGAAGAUUUAGCCAAUAUCUGUGUAAACAUAUAUCUAUUUCACCAAACCUUAAAACAAAUAUUGAUGUACAUUGACUAUGUAGUAUAACCUCCUGUAUUCAACUAAUUAUUAUCCAUAUCUUAUUAUGAAAAUAAUUUCAUAGAAGCUGGUAUACAUAGAAUUAAGUUACUGUAUAUAAUUAUAAUUUAGUUUUAUUAUGACAAAAGUAUUCAAUCUGCCUCAUAACAUUUAAGUUUAACAUUUGUAUUUCAAAUAAUUUUAUUGCAAAUAUACAUUUUGUUUUUUCUGGUUCCUUUAA